GUAUAGAUAGACUGGAGUUGGAAUGAUUCCAUGCCCAUAGCUCUUUCUUUGUUUAACUACCACCAAAAUAUUGUCCAGCAAAAAUAAGUUUACUUAGUAAACCCUCCGUAAUUUUGCAAACAAUGUCUAAAGUAGCAAUUGUCACAGGAUCUAAUAAAGGCAUUGGUUUUGCCAUUGUGAGAGCCCUUUGCAAGCAAUUUGACGGGGACGUUUACCUUACCUCGAGGGAUGAAGGAAGAGGAGUUGAAGCUGUCGAGUUGCUGAAAAAAGAAGGACUGAACCCAAAAUUUAGCAUUCUUGACAUCAAUUCAUCAGCGAGUAUUGCAAAAUUUAAGGAUUUUAUCCAAACCACCCACGGUGAAAUCGACGUGCUUGUGAACAAUGCUGGGAUCGCAUUCAAGAACAAUGCUACAGAACCAUUUCAUGUCCAAGCUGAAGUGACAAACGGCACCAAUUAUUUUGCGACAAGAGAUUUUUGCAAUGCAAUUUUUCCACUACUUCGACCGCACGCAAGAGUUGUGAACAUAUCUUCUGUUUGUGGAUUUUUGAAGAAAAUAAAUGGGAAAGAACCCGAAUCAUUGGAACUCCAGAAAAAAUUUGCUGAUCCAAAGCUAACUCAGGAUGAAUUAUCGGGCAUGGUCAACAAAUUUAUUGAGUUGACAAAGACAGGAAAUCAUUUUGAAUACGGUUUCCCAAACAGUGCUUAUAAUGUUUCGAAAGUAGCUGUGUCGUCGUUGACAAAAAUUCAACAGCGCGAGUUUGAUACGUCCAGACCUGGCGACGAUAUUGUUGUAAACUCGGUUCAUCCUGGAUACGUGGAUACGGAUAUGUCAAGCCACAAGGGGCCUCUAAGUCCCGACGAAGGAGCCAUUGCUGCCACAUGGUUGGCGUUAUUGCCUGAAAAUGUGACCACUCCUCGUGGGGGUUACGUCUGGCACGAUAAGACAGUUGUAGACUGGGAAAACGGACCAACCCCAAGCGAAUAUUAAUUACAUGUAUGCAAUGAUCAUUAAAUAAGAUUUCUUGCUGUUUGAUUUAUAAACUUUUUAUGACGAUCA